AUGUACUUCAGAUGUUUGGUCGGACAUGCUACAGUAAUAGCUUACCUGCACCGCUUUGGUCUCGAAGAAUCGGAUACAUGUAGCUGUGAUGGCAAUAGGGAUGAUAUCAAUCAUUGGUUGUUCCAAUGCAAAUUCAACUCAACCGCUUCAGUUUAUAUGAUGAAUGAGCUGGCUACACUUGGUGUUCCAUUUCCUCAAAGUCAAACCUCCCUUCUGUAUUCAAGCACUCGCAAUUCAUCAAUUCGAAAAACUCUAUGGGACUUCUUCAAGAGAGCCAGACGGAAAAUAUAA